AUGGGAGAUGGAGCUUUAAUCGUAGCGGUAGCGGUCAAAGGGAACAAUAGCAAAACCAAAGGCAUCGUUCGAUGGGCACUUCAACAAUUCGCUUCUCAAGAACAUGUCGUCUUCAAACUAUUACAUGUCCAGCCAAGAGAUUCGGUUUCAACCGCAAGAAAUGAUUCAACCUCAACGGUUUACAAGAAAGAUGUUGAUAGGAAGACCAGAGAAAUGCUUCUUCCAAGCAGAGAUAUGUUUGUUCAAAGAGAGGUACAAAUGGAUAUAAUGGUUCUUGAAUCAGAUGAUGUAGCAGAUGCAAUCUCUAAAGCGGUUCAAGAUCAUGGAAUAAGUGAGCUAGUCCUUGGAGCUUCCUCUUCUAUUAUAUUCUCAUGGAAGUUAAAGAGAAGCAACUUAUCUUCAAAGAUAUCAGAUGUAACGCCAAGAUUUUGCACCGUUCACAUCAUCUCUAAAGGAAAACUUCUCAAUGUUCGUAAAUCCGAUAUAGACAUUGAAACAACCAUUGCAGAUGAUAGAACUGAAAGCCACUUCACUUCAAGUACCAAUUCAGGGUCAGUAAGUUCAACAUCAAGUCAUCAAUUCUCAUCUACACCUUUACUCUUCCAAAGAAUCCAAGCCCUUUCAAACGUUAACCAGAAGGUUGGCACAAAGAUUGGAACAAAUAACAAUAUUGAUACACACCAUAAUAGAGCCGCCUCUCUAGAUGUGGAUAACCAAAAGGGCUUUUACCGAACAAAAAGCUCGGGAAUCGGGUAUGGAGGAAGUGAUUUACAAGGCCGGAGAAAGUCUUAUACAGAGGAGGGUUCAAGCUCAAGCUGCUCCAGCGACCCUACUUCAUCUAGUAGUCAGAUGAAUAAAGACUUUGAGAUAGAGAAGCUAAAGAUUGAACUCCGUCACAUCAAAGGAAUGUAUGCAGUUGCUCAAAACGAAGUCAUGGAUGCUUCUAAAAAGGUUCAAGAUCUAAACCAGCGUCGUUUAGAGGAAGCUAUGAGGCUCAAGAACUUAACUAUUAGAGAAGAAGACGCGGAAGAAGUGGUGGAGAUGGAGAGGGAGAGACAAGAGGAGGCGGAGAAAGAAGCUGAGAUCGUGAGAAGAUGCCUUGAGAGAGAAACUGAAGAAAGACUUGAGGCACAAGCAAGAGCCGAAGAGGUUAGAAAGGAGAAGCAGAGGUUAGAGGAUGCACUUGAAGGAGGACCACUUCAACGCCAACAGUUCAUGAAGUUUGAGUGGGAAGAGAUUGUUAAGGCCACAUCUUCGUUUUCAGAUGAACUUAAAAUUGGAAUGGGCGGGUAUGGAAGUGUGUAUCGGUGUAACUUGCAUCACACGACAGUAGCUGUUAAGGUUCUUCAUUCAGACAAAAGUAACUUAACCAAACAGUUUCACCAAGAGCUUGAGAUUCUCAGCAAGAUUCGUCACCCACACUUGCUUCUCCUCCUAGGCGCAUGUCCUGACCACGGCAGCUUAGUCUACGAGUACAUGCACAACGGAAGCCUCGAGGAAAGACUCAUGAAACGCAGACCAAACUCCAACGCACCGCAACCGCCAUUACGUUGGUUUGAGCGGUUCAGAAUCGCAUGGGAGAUAGCUUCAGCUCUCUACUUCCUCCACACAAACGAGCCAAGACCAAUCGUUCACCGCGAUCUUAAACCGGCAAACAUACUCCUAAACCGGAACAAUGUGAGCAAAAUCGGUGACGUAGGCCUCUCCAAGAUGGUUAAUCUUGAUCCUUCUCAUGCCUCAACGGUUUUUAACCAAACCGGUCCGGUAGGAACGUUCUUCUACAUUGAUCCUGAGUACCAAAGAACCGGUGUGGUAACUCCUGAGUCCGAUAUCUACGCGUUUGGAAUCAUACUUCUUCAGUUAGCCACGGCUAGGUCAGCGAUGGGUUUGGCUCAUUCGUUAGAGAAAGCGUUGAGAGAUCAAACCGGGAAAUUUUCAGAGAUCUUGGAUAAGUCUGCUGGUGAUUGGCCGGUUAAGGAGGCGAAAGAGAUGGUUAUGAUAGGGCUUAGGUGUGCGGAGAUGAGGAAGCGUGACCGUCCUGAUCUAGGGAAAGAGAUUCUACCGGUUCUUGAACGGUUAAAGAACGUUGCUUGUAACGCAAGAAACAUGUUUGCUGAAACCCUAAUGGACAAUAACCACCACGCUCCGGGACAUUUCUACUGUCCAAUAACUAAGGAUGUGAUGGAUAAUCCAUGUGUUGCUUCGGAUGGAUACACAUACGAGAAGAGAGCCAUUAUGGAAUGGUUUGAGAAGAAUCAUAAAUCUCCAAUGACGGAUAUGCCCUUCACCAACCAAACUCUUCUUCCUAAUCAGUCUCUUCUUUCUGCUAUUAAGGAGUGGAGAUCACAUCUAAUUAAAUAGAAAAAAGGUUACAAGUUGCAAAUCUAAACUCGUCAAUUAACAUGCAUCAUUGUGUUUUCCGUUACCACUUAUGUGUGCACACAUACACACACGACCACACAAGUAGAAUGUUGAUGUUUAUACAUUAUUGUUUGAGUUUUUGUACGUAAAUUGAAUGACUUUAUUUGUCAAAAAGAAAAAAAUGUAAUGGAAAAAUGAUCAUUCUUAAUGUACAAUAGAUUUGACUAGCAUGUGCAAGUUGAGGAAAGUGUCUGCCUCCUUCUGAUGCCUCUGUAAUGCCUUGUCUCUUCGGUCCUCUUUGGUAUUUUCCGGUUUGAGAUAGUCUCUCAACCUGAGGUGAUGUCUUAAUGGAAAGUUUUGAUAUUUGUAUGUGCAUAGAAAAGAAUCCUAAACACAUGUGUUUUGGCAGCCUUGGGUUGUGUAUCACAAGUCUCUCUGGUUUACUCUGUGGGCCCCAUUUUUAAUUCAUUAACCAUUUAUGGAGAAGUUAUGAUCUUUGGUCAGGACUCAUUCAAGUUGUGCCAACUUGAUUUUUGUCUCUGAUGGUGACUAACUUCACUAAGGGCAAGAUUAUUGCAAGGUCCUUAAGGGGAGGGGAGGCGACGGAACCCAUAAAAACACCAAAACCGAGAAGAAAAGUCCUUAAAUAAGAAACGUAUUGGUUUGGUCCUUGUACUGUUCGCAUGCCCCACUGACACGUGAUGGUUUGCGAUUGGUUUUUUGUCCGAUUUUAAGAAGAAGAAAAAGUUAAGAAACCUUACAUGUCGCUGGCGAUAAUGUCCUAAGAACACAUUUAUCCCAACACUUCAUUAGGGGUGCUUAAAUUUUUUUUUUUUUUUGGGAUUUAAAAAAAAAAACUAAAAAUAACAAUCGUAGGCGCCACGUUUCGUGGAGCCCACGGAACAGCCCAAUCAACAACUAAAAUCAGACGCUUAAUUUGGCAUUAGAAGCACCGAAUUAUGUUUUUAAUUAUGUGCCUCCCCUUAACUUUUGUCGUAAGCACCUCCUAACAAGUUUGAUUCUUGUAGAGUUCAGUCCCUUGCGCCACCCUUGGUUCAAAUCCUAAGUUAUUUCUUUGAAAGGUAGUGGGUUUUAGCUGAUUAUGGGUGAGUCAGGUGACUGUCUUAAACAUAUCAAGAUACAUCAUGUAUAAUAUAACGUUCACCUGAAGAGGACUAGAGGAGAGACAAAUUCGUCAAGUUGCUUUUCUUGUAGGGUUAUCUUGCCAGCUACUUGCUAGGAUAUGAUUUGAAGCAACUUGAUUUGCUACGUAAUUAUCUAGGGCUCCACAUAUAUAACCAAACCCCACCCUCUUGCUCAGUUGCUUGACAAUUACACUCCUAACCUAAUAAAAAUAUUAAUUAAUUAAUUAAUCAUAAUUUAUGAAUAUUAAUUAAUCCUAUUAAUUUUAUAAUAAUGGGUAAAAUCUUAACUUUUACGUUUAGGUUUGUCUGUAGAUAACUACUUGUUGUAUACUCUAUUGACUAAUUAGCAUUUUUAAUAGCUCCGUUUAACUUUUGCCUCUAAUUGUAUACCCUAUUGACUAAUUAUCAUUGUGGGUAGAUAUGACUUGAAGAAAAACUAGAAUGACCAAGAGAUUUUAUACAAUCAACAAAUACAAUAUAUGAUCCAGAUUUUUAACAUCCAUACUUUUGAUUUCCUAUAAACAAUUAACGAAUAAAACGAUUGGUACUAAAAUACUAAUUUGAUAUUUGUACACUACCAUUUGUAUAAUAUAAAAAAUAAAGAAAUUAUGAGAGUGAAGCAGGUGGAAACGUCACCAACCGUUGACAAAUUCAGAAGUUCAAGUAACGGAGUUGGGAGACGUCGGAGUUAACGGAGGAACACUGAAGAUCCCAUCUCCUGCUCCCACAUCCCAAACCCCCUUCCAACUUGACGGCGUCAAAGGAACCGCUUCAACCUCAGCCUCAUUUUCCUCAACUUUAACCCUAACCGGCACCGUCUCCUCCUCAGCUAGGAAACUCUUAACCCUCUUACGUUUCCCUAAUCCGACAAAACAACUGUCGGAACUAACCCUCACAUCUAGAGGGAAAUUCAAGAUUGCUUUUCUCCCACGCAACUCAAACGCCGCUUGGUCAUAAGCUCUUGCAGCUUCCACGGGGGUUUCGUAAGUCCCAAGCCAAAGCCUAGAACCCUUUUUGUUAGGAUCCCUAAUCUCCGCCGCGUAUUUUCCCCAUGGUCUCCUCCUCACUCCACGGUAGUGUCUUUUCUCCUCCUCCUCCUCUUCCUCUGCCUUCUUUAUCGUGCAAGAGACCGUUCUUGAAACGGAUAGAUUCGGUAAAGGCGGUUUACGUCGGUUAAGAGUAGAGUUUGGUUUAGGGGUUUGGUUUUCUAUGGUUUCUGUGGAAACAAAAUCUGUGAGAAGGUGUUGGCUUAUGGAUUUUAUGGCUAAAGUUUCUUGUUUAGUAGCCAUCUUCAAUCCUAAUUAACUUAAUAACAAUCCUAUUGAUUUUUUGUAUAUGUGUGUGAGUGUGAAGUAGAGUGAGGAGGAAUAUGGUGAUAUAUAGUGAAGAAAGGUUGUAGAAAGAAAGGGUUUUGAGGGAGUUUCGUGGAUCGGUCCGAGAACUAUCAUACUACCUUACCUUAUAUUGUUUGGAGUUGUAGUGGACUUUGUCUUUUUAUCUCUUAGAUUUUGUCGCUUUUUUUUCUUUUUCUUGUCCUUAUUUUGUCUUAUUGCUCUACUUGGUCUUCUUAUCA